CCCACAAAUAUUAAUAAAGCAACGCGCUUGGUUGCUGGCGGCUCACACCCCAGCCUCUCAGCCCCUCCCCUGUGGAGCACUGAGAGCCUUCAACCCAAAGAGGCUCGUUGCUCGUUGCUCGUUUGAGAAGUCGAAAGGGUUACCCAGGAGACGGAAAAGCCGGAAAAAGAUACGAGAAAUGCCUGCAAAGAAAAAACUUGAAGGCAAAGCUAAAGCCGGGAGUAUACCGGGGGAUACAGGAUCUGUGGCAACCGCGACUAUGGUUCGGCGCCAAAUGCCGCCGCGCGCCUGCAAGAGCAAGAGCCAGAGCGCCGCCAGGCCCAGUCUUAGUCCCAGCCGCCUGGCCAAGAAGCCCAGCCUGACGCCGACCACCGGUCUCGAGACGAUUUUUGAACGGCCCGGCAAUGAGGACGACGGGCCCACCAGCAGCCAUGCCGUGGCAUUCGGCGAGUGCCAGCGCCGCGUCCUCGCCCUGGGUACGGGCGAAAAAAAAGAACCCUGUCGCAGAAGAGCUGCCUGA